AGAGACGCUAAACUUAGGGACACCGAAUCACUGAACCUGUAAAGUUAGCUUCCUAGGUGUUUGAUUGCAAUAGGAUACCUUGUGAUAAGUAGCGUUAUCAGAAUAAUCGAUUCAAAUAUACAACAAAACGGAACAUGGCAGAACGUGAUUCAUCUUGUUUAGCUUCAAUAGUGUAUUAUUUCACGGAGAAAUACUACCGCCAAACCAUACUAACCACUGCGGAACAUUUAAAAAUGUACAAUGCUGAUCCUGUACUGCUGUUUUUCAAAGCCCAUGGGAUUUUGAUGGAAGGUCGUGUUCAAGAGGCUAUUCGAGAGCUGGAGCAACUAAGAGACAAACCAGAUGUAUCAUUGUGCUCUAUCAUGGCUCUUAUCUAUGCACACAGACAGAGUGAAACUGUUGAUCGUGAUGCUGUGGAGGAGCUGGAUUCUCAGCUGAAGUUGAGUCGGAAAACUGCCGGAGACAAAGCCCUCUAUUAUGCUGCCAUGUUUCUUUGGCUAAUGGGCCGCAGUGACAAGGCCAAAGACUACAUUGACAGAAUGCUCAAGAUGUCCAGUUCUUCGAAAGAGGGACUAAUUCUGAAGGGAUGGAUUGAGCUCAGUUCCGAGGUUGAUCAAAACAGAAACAAGGCUAUUCGAUACUUCGAGAGUGGGCUGCAGGACUCCAAGAGUGUAUUUGGUCUGAUGGGAAAGGUGAAAUACUUUAUGAAGAAACAAAACUUCUCUGGUGCCCUCGAGGAAGUGAACCAGAUUAUUUCCUUCCAGCCUGAUUUCCUCCCAGCUCUGACCAGCAAGAUGAAUCUGUUUCUUGCCCAACAAGAUUGGGAGCAGACCCUUGAUGCUGCUUCCCGAUGUUUGAAACAAGAUGGGCGUAAUUUGAAGGCUCUUCAGAUAAUGGUGAUCCAUGCGAUAGUGAAAGACGGUGACCUAAUCAAGGCACAGGAGCAUCUUCAAGCACUUCUCGGUGCCUUGGAGAGUACAGAGCCUUGCGCACCAGGGCUUCAUGUCAGUUUUACAAAGCCAAUCAGCAGAUUGUGUGGAAACCACACAGAAAUCCUGCAGACUUUGUGCCAGUUUGUGGAGCGAGCAUUUGCCAAGGCCCCAGCAGAUGCUGAUAUUGCCAAUGAAAUUGGCUACCUGUUUGUCCUUCAAAACAAGAUUAAAGAGGCUGCAAGAUGGUAUUCCAAUGGCAUCAAACUGGAUGGGAGCAGUGUGACAGCUCUGGCAGGUGUGAUCCAUUGCCAGCUGUUGCAGGGACAGCUCGAGGAAGCGGAUCAGCAGCUGGAGUUCCUCAGAGAAAUUCAGCAGUCCAUUGGCCUGUCAGUGGAGCUGGCUUUUAUUCAGGCCAUGCUAGCCUGUAAGAGAGGGGAAAGCCAGGCUGUCGUGAGCGCUCUGCUGAAGGAGGCUGCUGAGCUUCAUUUCUCCGCCAUUCGGGGACUGCCCCUGGGUGUGGAGUACUAUGAGAAGCUCAAUCCUACCUUCCUUUUUGAAGUGGUGAAGACAAACCUGGCUGUCUGUCAGCCUCGUGCUCUUGGUCAACCGUUGUCAUUUGGGCUGAUGCACUCUGCCAUGAUCUUAGAUCCUGUGGUCAGAACUGCUCCAGGCAUUUUACCUGGUGCCUACCUCAUGGCCAAGGUGAAAUAUCUCUCAGGUGACUUCACUUCUGCUCAGGUUUCCGUAACGCGCUGUUUGGAGCUGGACCCAACUGUUGCAGAUGUCCACCUGCUCCAAGCACAAAUUUGCCUCUCUGUGGAAGACUUCAAGAAGUGCCUACAGUCCCUGGAGACAGGGGUGAGCCACAACUUUCAGGUUCGGGAGCUACCUCAGUACCACUUGAUCAAAGCUCGGGUCUUGAAGAAGAUGGGGAACAUUCCAGAGGCCAUCCAGACUCUGAAAAUGGUCAUGAGUCUUCCAGGGUUGAGAAGAGAGGCAAAGGGGAGAGAGACGUCCAUCAGCAAUAGCGACCGUGUGUCAGCGUACUUGGAGUUGGCUGAGGCACUAAGGCUGAAUGGGGAACAGCAUGAAGCUACGAAGGUAAUGCAGGACGCCAUUGUGAACUUCACCGGGACGCCAGAAGAGAUCCUGGUCACCCUGGCCAAUGUAGACCUGGCUCUGGCCAAAGACGACAGCGAUACAGCUCUGACUGUACUGCGCAACAUCACCCCCGACCAGCAGCAUUACACAGAGGCCAAAGAGAAGAUAGCCAAAAUAUACCUGGAGAAAAGAAAGGACAAAAAACUCUACAUUGCAUGCUACAGGGAACUAUGUGAGGAUGUGCCAGGGCCACACUCCAGUGUCCUACUGGGAGAUGCAUACAUGAAAAUAGAGGAGCCAGAAAAAGCCAUUGACGUGUAUCAGGCAGCUCUGAAAAAGUCUAGCAGAGAUGCAACCUUGGCAAGAAAGAUUGGGCAAGCAUUUGUAAAGACUCAUCAGUACAACCAGGCAGUUAGCUACUACGAAGCUGCCCUUAAGAUCAGCGGACAGGAUUUCCUGCGGAACGACUUGGCCGAGCUUCUUCUGAAAAUGAGGCAAUACGAAAAAGCCACGAAAAUUCUCAACCAGGCCUUGGACCAUGAACCAGGAAAUGACUUGUUGACCAUGAUGAAUGAUGUAAAGUACUUGCUUUUACUGGCCAAAAUCGAUAAGAGGUGUGGAUCUCCUUCUAUGGAGACAUUGGAGAAGGCCUACAAUAUUCAGAUGAGGGUUAUGAGGCGCCUCCCACUGGAGCAGCCAGAAGCUUUCCAGGAGCAGAAGACGGUGGCGGCGUCCAUCUGCCACCAGAUUGGUCAGCUGUGGCGCUCUCAGCGGGACUUUGAUAGGGCCAAGAAAUCGUACAAAGAGGCCCUAUCAUUCUGUGAUGGGGACCAGAAGGUAAUACUUGAGUUGGCACAUUUACGCCUGGAGCAGGGUAACAUGGAGUCCUGUUAUCAGCAGUGCCAGGUGUUGCUAAAGAACCAGGAUAGCAAUGAAGAGGCAGCCAUGCUGAUGGCAGAUCUGCUGUUUCGAAGAAAAGAGUAUGAUGGUGCAGUCUCGCAAUUUACAAAACUAAUGGAGCAAACCCCAGAUAACUACUUUGUUUUGGCCAAGUUUAUAAACUUGUUGAGAAGAACUGGGAAGCUUGAUGAUGCACCAGCCCACUUUGAAAGGUGUGAGAAACACAGUCCCAGAGCCACCAUGGAGCCAGGAUAUAACUUCUGCAAGGGCCUGUACUGCUGGCACAUGGGACAGGUAAAUGAAGCUUUGAUGCACUUCAAUAAGGCCCGGAGAGACACGGACUGGAGCGAAGGGGCAGUACACCACAUGAUCGAGAUCUGCCUCAACCCAGACAGUGACACCGUCGGGGGGGAGGUGUUUGAGGCAGUUCAGGAGGAGUGGAGAAGGGAGUCAGAGCCCUUGGGAGUGAGCACAGCCCAGAACCUGCUGAAGGAGUACCAUCCCCGCACCAGAGAAGGAGAGGAGAAAGCACUGUUGCUUUACAACCGCUGCUUGAUGGCUACCAAAGAACCCAAGCAAGUGGAGAGGGCUCUGUCUGCAUUCACUGAAAUGGCCUCAUCGCUGGAGAACAAUGUGCCGUAUCUGCUGGCAAUGGCCCAGGCCUUCAUGAUACUGAAACAGGCACCCAGGGCCAGGAACCAGCUGAAGAGACUCUCGAAGACGGACUGGAGUGAGAGCAACGCAGAGGAUCUGGAGAAAAGCUGGAUCCUCCUGGCUGACGUUUACAUCAAGUCUGGAAAAUAUGACAUCGCCGUGGAGCUCUUGAAACGCUGCCUCCUCUACAACAAGUCUUGCAGUAAAGCAUUUGAGUAUUUGGGCUUCAUGAUGGAGAAUGAGCAAUCCUACAAAGAUGCUAUAGGUUAUUAUGAGCAGGCCUGGAAGUACACCAACAGGGUGAACCCAGCAAUGGGUUUCAGACUUGCCUUCAAUUACCUGAAAUACAAGAAAUACACAGAGGCAAUAGAUGUUUGCCGCAAGGUUCUGACUGAGCACCCUGGCUACCCGCUCAUCCAGAGAGAAAUCCUGGAGCGUGCCUGGCUGGCUCUGAGGCCUUAGAGCUGAGGAGGAGGUCCAAACGUAGGCUCACUGUUCCUUGCAAAGAUGCCUGCAUUCCUUGGAGAAACUUGUCGCAUUUUCUUCAGAAGCCAAAAUUGCCUAAACAUAUCUCCCUGCUGUGAGAACAGCCUGUCUUCCUUAUGUACACAGUGCCUUGUUCUGUGGUGUGGUUUUAGUAAAUUUGCUUAAUAUGGAGCAUGUGUGACUUUGUUUUACCAAUUUUGUUUCUUAUUGACAAUUUUUUUUUGUCUGUGUUUUUCUCGAUUACUCAUAACAAUAAAUUACAUUACAAGCAUUUUAUGUAGGACAUGUUGUCAAAGAAAUUAAUUUCUUUGACAACUUGUCCUACUCCAUCUAUCACAUUUUUUAUUUGAUGUCAUAUGAGUAGGAUGGUGAUGGACAGCUGGGAUUACAUGGGCAUUAUAACAGUCCCCACCCCAGUUUUUUAGAAGCCACUAGUAAACGUGAUCACCCAAUACAUGCAUUGUAACAUUAAAAGUGAAUUCUGGUUGGUUACAUGUCAAUGAAGUAUAUUUUUUUGCAGUCUGGUUUUUCUGUGUUAACUUCAGAAUUUAAAAAAAAUUAAAUAAAAAA